AUGAACUACAUAAAAAUAAUUGAUAUCUAGCCUUCAGAAGUUGUGAUUAAAGUUGAUACUUAAAUUUAUUAGAUGCUUCUAUCAAUGAUUCAAUCCUAAGAAUCAAAGGAAACUUCUUAAGUAACUCCAGAUUUUUUAAGAAGAAUUGUGCCAUUCUUUAUGAAUUAAUUCUAUAUUUGGACUAUCUUUUAAAAGGAUGGAAAUAUAAAUUGUGUUAGAGAAACAUUGGAGAAAUUAAAAAACAAUAAGAUAUCAAAUUAAAAGAAGUUCGAAUUAGGAGAUCUUAAGUUGAUUCAUAAUUCAAAAAGCAAAAAGUAUAUAUAAAUCAGAUAAGCUUGGUAAAAAUUCCUAUACUCUGAUGAUAUAAGGAAUUGUAUUUAAAAUAGCAAUAAAGUCAAAGAAGAUUCAAAAAUAAAAUAUAUUUAGUCUAUCAUAAUCUUAAAAAAUGAGCUCGAAAAACAAAGACCAUAUGCUAGACUAUUAUCAAAAUAUAGAAAAGGUUUUGAUGAAAAACCUUAGACUGAUACUAAAUCAUAUAUAGAUGAUCAUAUAUAAUAUGAAGAAGAAAACUCAACUUGUAUUUAAAGCUAUUUUUGUCAAAGUUGA